CUGGGAGCUGAAGAGGAAAGCUAAACCCAGAAGCAGGAAAUGCACAAGGUUCUUUACGUCGAAAAACAGCUGGGCUCCCUGGGAGAGAGAGCGCCAUGGGAAACCGGCUGUGCUGCGGGGCAAGCUGGAGCAGCCCAUCAUCUCUCAAGAACAGAAACAAAACAGGGAGCCAAGCAAGAUGCACACUGAAGACACAGCAGCACCAGCCUCGGCAGAGUAGCACCAAGGGCCAUAAAUUAACAGGACAUAUGUAUGAGCAGGGGUUACAGAAGCCUGCAUUCCCAAAGAGGAGUCAAGACCUGGCAUCCGAAGAGAGCAACUUACAUUACGCAGACAUUCAAGUGUACAGCCGUGCCCAGCCCCGCUCUGCCAGCGAGGUGAAACACCUGCAGUUAGAAAGUGCUACCGAAUAUGCCACCCUUUACUUCCCCCAGGCCACACCAUGCUAUGACAGCAAGAAUGGAACUUUGGUGUGAGUCUUGGGGAGGAGGCACCCGUCUCCGUCAUCUUAAGCACUACUCCUGCGCAGAGGCCUCACUGCUUUGGGGAAUUUGAUGGCAACCCAACGAUGUUAAGCUUAAGGAAUUCAAGGGCACUUGGAAAUGUAGGUGUCCUUAUUCUGUACCCAGGCCUCUUAUUUGCCACUGUUCUCUUGGAGUUGUGGUUGGGUUAGCUAUGUGUGGAGUUCCACAAAACGAUGCUAAGUGGGAUGUUCCAGAAGGUAGGUCUUUGACCUCUAACAUAGCUCAGGCCUUCAAGGGCAUUAAUGUUCCUAGUUUUUUUUUUUUUUUUUUGGUGGUACUAGGGAUCGAACUUGGGACCUUACGCAUUCUGAUAUUUAGCAACCAUCUCUGGAUUGGGCAAUCUCCUGUGGCUGAGUCAGGGGUCCUAGACCUCAGCAAACAAAUGGUUGCAGAACUGAGGCCCAGUGGAAGCCUCUCCGAACACUGGCCACAAACACCUUCGAGCUACCGUUACUAACCAACCGGCUGGACAGAUUUCUAGCUCUUGCCUGUCCAGAGUGACUUGCAUCAAUAAACGUCAA